AUGUUGCUGUCCAGGAGCUUCUCGGAAUUGUUGUCGCGGCGGCUGAUAUCAUCCUCAACUGGCUUCCGCUGUGCUAGAACCAUCACGACCAACAGACUGGCUUGUCUACCACGAACACCUCUAUUCGAAGCAAUCAAGUCGCACGAUCCAGAGAGUUCAGCCGUGGUACAUUCCCUAUCAGGUCGUCAAUUCAGCUAUGGAUCCCUCCUGAAAGAUGUCGCAAUUGCCAAACAACGACUCGCCAAUGACGCCGGUAGAAAUGCCGAAGCCUUGCAAGGCGAGCGUAUCGCUUUCUUAGUCGAGAAUAGCUAUGACUAUGUAGUGACGCUACUCGCCAUUCUAGGUACCAAUGCCAUUGCCGUACCGCUAUCGCCUGCCUUCCCAUCCGGAGAGCUGAGAUAUAUCCUCGAUCAAAGUGGUGCACUCAUGUUGGCCGCGUCUUCAAAGUUUGCAACCAAGGCCGACGAUGUCCUGGACGGUCAGCUCGAGAAGAAGCCCAUUCUGUCGCGCUGGGAGAAGAUUGUCGAAGGCAGCAAGAUCACUGAAGAGGUCAUCUUCGAGGACAUGAAACAGGACAAGAGCGGUAUGAUGCUGUAUACCAGUGGCACAACCAACAGACCUAAAGGAGUACUUCUCCCACAAUCCACGCUCAUGGCCCAAGCAAAGUCACUCUCCGAAGCAUGGCAUUACUCGCCGAACGAUCAUUUCCUCCACGUCCUGCCUCUCCACCACAUUCACGGCACUGUCAACGCUCUUCUGACGCCCCUGCUUGCUGGCAGCACUAUCGAGUUCCUCUUUCCUUUCACCGUCGACACAGUUUGGUCACGACUUGCAGCACCAUUCCUUUCGGCCUCAUCCGAGCUCACGAAAAAACCAAUCUCCUUCUUCACCGUCGUACCUACGAUCUACAACAGACUACUACAGUCACACAACACUCUUAGCCUGGAGAUGCAAAAAGCAACGAAAGAAGCGUUGGAUCCAAAGAACAUGCGUCUUAACAUCAGUGGUUCAGCAGCUUUGCCGACACCUACGAAACAGGCCUGGACAGAGUUGAGCAACGGCAAUGUACUUCUUGAACGUUAUGGUAUGACGGAAGUGGGCAUGGCUCUUUCUUGCGGUUUAGCGAACGAGGAUCGAGUAGAUGGAAGUGUAGGCUGGCCGCUACCAUCCGUUGAAGCCCGUCUUGUCGAUCUCGACACAAAAGCCAUUAUUCAGCCUGGCGAGGAGCUCGAUGCGGACGGCAAAGAACGUAGUGGUGAAAUUCAAUUACGCGGACCCACGAUCUUCAAGGAGUACUGGAACAAUCCUACAGCCACAGCAAAAGAGUUUACCGAAGACGGCUUCUUCAAGACUGGCGAUGUGGCUGUACGAAGAAACGUCCCUUCUGCAGGCAAAGGCGCAUCAGGUGAAUGGGCACAAGGACCAAUGUACUUUAUCCUCGGCCGUCUGUCAGCCGACAUCAUCAAAGUCGGUGGUGAGAAAGUGUCAGCUCUUGAAGUAGAAAGAGAGAUGCUGUCACUACCUGCAAUCUCAGAAUGUGCCGUCGUAGGUCUACCAUCCGAGACCUGGGGUCAAAAACCCGCUGCUGUAGUUGUAUUGAGCGAACAAGGCAAGACUGCUGGAAAGGAUGGAAAACCUUUUGGUGCUAUGGAUUUGAGAAGAGGGUUGAAGGAUAAGAUGGCUGCGUUCAAGUUUCCACAAGAGUUGAAAGUGGUGGAGAGUAUUCCUAGGAAUGCUAUGGGCAAGAUCAACAAGAAACAGUUGGUCAUGCAGGUUUUCGGACCGCAAAGUUAG